ACCAAAACAGUCCUUUGCAGCAGUUUAUUACGCCUGCUUAUUACUACACUUGAAACCACGUUAUUAUUUGCACGUUUUCUGCUUAAAUUUCAAACCCACGUUUAGCAGAGAGAAUGCCACCGAAGGGAAAAGGUGGAAAGGGUGGUAAAGGAGCUGCUUCAGGAAGUUCGGACGCUGACAAAAAAGAAAAAACUCCUAAAGGAGGCACAGCUGUGAAGGUUCGGCACAUUCUCUGUGAAAAGCACGGAAAAUGCAUGGAGGCCAUGGAGAAAUUGAAAGCUGGAGUUCGUUUCAGUGAAGUAGCAACGCAAUACAGUGAAGACAAAGCAAGACAAGGAGGUGAUCUGGGCUGGAUGACGCGAGGGUCAAUGGUCGGACCUUUCCAGGAGGCAGCGUUUGCUCUAGCUGUCAGUUCGAUGGAUAAACCUGUCUACACAGACCCACCUGUCAAGACGAAGUUUGGAUAUCAUAUCAUUAUGGUUGAGGGGAGAAAGUAGAACAGACUGGCUCUUUUGGAAUAAAUAUCACAAUUGUGCCAGAAACAUUGAAGAGGGGAAAAAUAUAUUGUCCAGUUAAUCUAUUAAAAUGUUCACUUCUAUUUUAGGUCUGCUUUCUCACAAUAAACUUUUUCAUUUGUUGUUUUUUGACUUGACUUGUCAAAAAGUCAAAAACUUGACUUUUUGACAAGUCAAAAAGUUUGCAUCUGCGAUGCAAAUGCCAACACAAGCAAAUUAAUAAUUUUUGUUUUUGUUGUGUUAAAUCUGUAGUAUUGAUUUGUGUGUGAAAAGUGGUGGUACAGAAAAAUGAAAAUAUGAAAAAUUAAAUAUUUUUUUUGUCAUUGA